AUGCGUUAUCUAAGCCCUGAAUUCCUAAGAACAUGCAAACAUAUUUAUUUCGAAGCUUCAGAGGUUCUGUACGGUUGCAAUACCUUCUUCUUUGUUGGCGUUAGCCAGUAUGAUGUUGAUCAUUUCCAGGACAUCUUUCGGCGAUGUCCAAUUGCAAGAUAUCACACAACCACCAAAAAAUUGAAAACUCAAAAGGUGUGGUCUAAAUACAUUUUGACAAUGCAAAAGGUCAGGAGAUGGAAAACAAUAAUUCGUACCUAUACCUGGGGAAGGUGGAAUCUUUCUCCUUUUUGCAGAGAGAUCUGUAAUGCUCCGCUCCCGCCAACUUCUUUGGAAAUAAUUGUCGUGUCAGAAGAGGGGACAGGGGCAAUACUUGUUCCAAUAUACUCAAUAAAAGCUUUGAAAAGAUUGAGAUUAGCUGUAGAGCUUGUCCAAGCACUACGAAAUAUGAGAAACAUUGGGGAAUUACGAUUUGCGAAUGCAAAGCCUACUGAUUGUCCAAGGUUCUACAACCAUUUUGAAGAAAAUAUAACAUACCGCGAGGUAGAUUAUGUUACGAAAGACUCUCUGUACCAUCCGAUUCCUUUACUUUUACAAGCCGAAUUGCAGGCUCUAGUAACUGGAAACUCCACAGUUGAACAUAUGAACGCUUUAAUUUUUACAGAAAAGAGAUGGGCAGAAACAGGGCCCAUCAUGAAGUUCCACUAUAUGAACUUACUCGGCGCGUUAAAUUUGAGCCAAAAAACCAUCGGGUCGUGGAUAAGCCCGAUGGAAAUUUGUUUGAACCCAUAUUGGCCUCAUAAUUAUGAUGAAUUUCAAGAUCAUCUCCGGCAUCCCGUUGAGGUCGGACUGGAUAAAUGGAACACGGCAGUGGAUGAUAGCGAUGCCGUCACUUUCAAGUCAGAAUAUCGCAUUAUCUUACAAUAUCUAGAGCGGCAGUACUGGCGAAUCUUACAGGUGUCGAGGGAUAUACACCUUUUCAUCAGAAAACACAAACGUAACUAUGACUUAUUCGACGUUAAUAGAGAGAGAACCUUGGAGCGACUUGAUCUCGCAAGAAUAUCGCGACAGUACAAUGGAAGAGCAAAUGGCUGUGUGCUGCUUGAAGCAUACGCUGAUACAUUCAAGCGCGAGCAGACUUUCGCCGCAAUAGCAACGAUCGCGAGAAUGCGAGCAGAAUUUGAUGGGUAUUAUAACUCCAUGCCAAGAGAAAUAGCCAUCCAGGAGGCAAUACAGCUCAUUCAAAACUUCCAAGAUGGUUGUAACUACAAUGCCUAG